GUGCGCCAUCUUGACAAAUGGCGAGAUGCCGAAGCGCGUCAGUGCCUUCGAAUGCUCCAAGGAGGAAGGCUUCAUGGGCGUUUUCAAGGGACAGACCGAGGGCUUCCCUAUGCCAUGCCAGGGCUACGAUGUUGCUGGCGAUGAGGCUGGGGGUGGCUGCCCACACAAGAAGGGUGCGUGCUUGAAGAAUGAAGAGCUCUACUUGGGCAAGUGUUUCAAGAGCUGCGCGACGCUGACCCAGAACCAGUACUCAGUGCGAACCGGUGCUGAAACCUGCUGCAGCACUGAGAACGUGUUCUCCUGCAUGAGCCCCUCCAACACGAAGUUCUCUCCUGACUACAAUGUCGGAGGUGGCAUGAACAGCAAG